AUGGGCGACCGAAUUGACAACCGGCACUUCGACUACGUGCUUCCCGUCCACGUGGACGUGGACCAAAUAAACGAAGUAAACAAAACGUGCAUUUACAUCAGUGGCAAUGUGAACCCGUACGUGUAUAGCAAAAACACCAGUGGAAAAUUAACCAAGUUGUUAGGGGGGGCCUACAACUACCAGUCUGAAGGAUCGACUGAGGGGGAAACUAAGCUAGCCACAAUUAAGGAGGAGGAUCGACCACCAGCUCGCACGCCUAAAGGUGGAGUGACCACCUCGGAACAAAUCCUAGCAGAUAGAACUCUCCUAGGUAAUGGAACAAACAGCGUGGUAGCCACUACGCUCAUCGGACCAACACCAAACGUGCAAAUGUUUAGCAGAGGAAUAGAAUCACCUCAGUUAAACAUACGAAUAAAAAACACACAAGGAUUUCGGGACGAUCGAGAAAGAACACUAGAAGAAAUAGUUGUAAAAAAUUUAGAACAAAUAAUCGACCAAGGGAUGUAUAAAUUUCAGCAGUUCCAUGUCCGUGUGCAAAUCUUACGUGAAUCCUCCUACGUUUUGUCUAGUAUAAUAAACUCCGUCAUCCUUAACCUUAUAUACAACAACAUAAGUUUGAACUUUGUGGUGAAUUCUAUAAACGUCGGGAUUGUUGACAGGGGGAAGUAUGGCACCUACAUCGAGGACAUGGCGCGUGUGAAAGCCGGCACGGUAGUAGGAGACAGCCGUGGUGUAACUCCCAUCAAUGAAGGGGUCACCACCAAAGCAGAGGUUCCCCCCACGGCUGGCGUAACUACCCCUCCACAUGCAGACAAACUAUUCUACGGAGACCGACAGAUGUACAUCCCAAAGAUUAUCUUGGACCCCCUCGAUGAGGAAGUCGACCUAUACUGCAGCAGCGCCUUCUGCUUCAUCGUUGCACCGGAUUUUCAAAAAGUUAUUUCAAACAUAGUAAUAAAGAACUCUAUUGGAAUGUCCUCUGAAGUGUUUAGUCUCUCCAAGUGGUACGCUUGCGAGGUCUCCCGACUUUUGCACAGCGGCAUCAGGCGCAGUUACGCUUCGCACUUGAAGCGGCUCGAAACCUGCCUUGAGAGCAACUACCUCUAG